AAGCCAAGUAAGACGCGCAUUUGAUUGUUGAAAAUUUUCUUUCCCAGUUUUUUCUUCCAAUUUUUUCUCUCCCUCCAAACAGCCUAAAAAGAUUAGGGUUAGGAUAUUAGAAAAACACACACAGAAACCGGAAGAAAAGCCCAGAUUUUCAUCAUCGGAUUGUUGUAGAAUAAACUUAAUGAAAGCUGUAUUUUUUUAGUGUUUUAGAGUACCUGUAUCUAGAAAAUGGGUUUCUUUUCAGCUUCAGUGAUCAAGUGGCAGCCAUUUUUCUUACUCUUCUCCUGUGUAUUGAACAGUGUUGUUUUGGGUGAUAAUUCUUCAGACAAAGCUGUUCUUCUUGAGUUUAAGAAGUCUGUCUUAGAUCCUUCAGGGCUUUUAUCAACUUGGACAGAAAAUUCCGGUCACUGUUCAUGGUCUGGUGUUUCGUGUGAUAAAAACUCUAAGGUUUUGUCUCUUAACAUAACUGGUUUUGGGAAUGGGAAAAAAGGUAAUUUCAACAAUACGAAUGCUUUUCUCUCGUUUUCUUGUUCUGAUUAUAGUGUAUUUCCAUUUUAUGGAUUUGGUAUUAGAAGGAAUUGUGGGGAAAGUAAUGGGGGUUUGUAUGGGAAGUUGUUGCCUUCUAUUGGAAAAUUGAGUGAACUUAGAAUUUUAUCACUUCCUUUUCAUAGAUUUGGUGGUGAAAUUCCUGCUGAAAUUUGGGAGUUGGAGAAUUUGGAAGUACUUGAUCUAGAGAACAGUUUGUUAUCUGGGACUUUGCCUGUUAGUGUUUCUGGGUUAAAGAACUUGAGAGUUCUUAAUUUGGGGUUUAAUAACAUUAGUGGAGAGAUACCAAGUUGGCUUUCAAGUUUGAAACAAAUGGAGAUAUUGAAUUUGGCUGGUAAUCUCGUGAAUGGAACCGUUCCCGGAUCUUUUGGAAGGUUUCGAGGUGUUUACUUGUCAUUUACAUCGCUCGGUGGCUUGUUGCCCCCUGAUAUUGGUGAAGGUUGUAAGCUUGAGCAUUUGGAUUUGUCUGGGAAUAACUUGGUUGGGCAGAUCCCUGCUAGUUUGGGGAACUGUAGUCAGUUGAGGUCGUUGUUGUUGUAUACAAAUUUAUUGGAGGAACAAAUUCCUCACGAAAUCGGUCAGCUUCGAAAUCUUGAAGUGUUGGAUGUUUCAGGGAAUAGUUUGAGUGGUCCAAUACCUGUUGAGCUUGGAAAUUGUUCUGGAUUGACUGUGCUUGUGCUCUCAAAUAUGUUUAAUCCAUAUGAUGACCUUGCCAUUGCUAAAGGCGAUCGAAGCACUGUAAAGGAUGAUUUUAAUUUUUAUCAAGGUGGGAUUCCUUCUGAAAUCACGAAGCUUUCAAAGCUGAGGAUAUUAUGGGUUCCGAGGGCAACGCUUGAGGGCAACCUGCCAAGUGAUUGGGGUGCUUGUGAUGAUUUGGAGAUGGUAAAUUUGGCUCAGAAUUUUUUUGCCGGGGAAAUUCCUAUUGGUCUUAGUUACUGCAAGAAGCUCCGGUACCUUGACUUAAGCUCAAAUAAGCGGCUUGCUGGAGAGCUUAUUGAGGAACUUGCGGUUCCUUGUAUGAGUGUGUUUGAUGUCAGUGAAAAUUCCUUGUCAGGUUCCAUCCCUAGAUUCUACAACCAGGGAUGCCCUGAAGUUCUGACCUCAGAUUCAUAUGCCAUUGAACCCUUCAGCCCGACUUCUGCUUAUUUAUCAUUUUUGGCAAGAAAACUUCAAGUUGGAACACAUUUUGAGUUCUUUGGAGGAGAUGGUGGUCCUACUGUGUUUCACAACUUUGGAGAUAACAAUUUUACUGGCAGUGUCUUGUCGGUGCCAAUCCCACCAAAAAGGUUAGGGAAACAGAUUUCUUAUGCAUUUUAUGCUGGAGAGAACUUGCUCAGCGGACCAUUUCCACAGAAUUUGUUCGAGAACUGCAAUGAGUUGGGUUCGCUUUAUGUUAAUGUUAGCUACAAUAGAAUGUCUGGUCAGAUUCCAGCUGAAAUGAGUAAAAUUUGCAAGUCUCUCAAAUUUUUGGAUGUGUCUGGGAAUCAAAUUACUGGGUCCAUUCCGCCUAGCAUUGGAGACUUGGUUUCACUUGUUUCGCUUAAUUUGAGCUGGAACCUGUUACGAGGCUGGAUUCCAAGCAGUUUUGGGCUGAUGAAGGAUCUCCGGUAUCUUUCUUUGUCUGGUAACAAUCUGACCAGAUCUAUUCCUUCCACCUUUGGCCGGUUGCAAUCUUUAGAAAUUCUGGAGAUGUCCUCAAAUUCUCUUUCUGGUGAAAUUCCUGAAGGUCUGGUUAAUUUGAGAAACCUGACUGUUCUUCUGCUCAAUAACAACAAACUCUUUGGGAAAAUUCCCUCUGGUUUGGCAAAUGUGACCAAGCUCUCUGCAUUCAAUGUAUCCUUCAAUAACUUGUCUGGGCCACUACCCUCAAGUUAUAAUUUGAUGAAAUGCAGCAAUCUUCUUGGGAACCCACUUCUACAGCCUUGUCAUGAAUACUCCUCAAUGUCAUCUUCAGAUCAAGCGAGAGCAGGGAAUUCACAAAAUUAUGCUGCAUCACCAAGGGGAUCCGCAACCCGAAGGAAUGGAAAUAAUGGUUUCAAUUCAAUUGAGAUAGCUUCAAUAACAUCUGCUUCAGCCAUUGUUUCAGUUCUUCUGGCUCUUAUUAUUUUAUUCAUAUAUACCAGGAAGUGGAAUUCAAAAUCCAAAAUUAUCAGCACUACGAAAAAAGAAGUCACGAUUUUCACAAACAUUGGGGUCCCUUUGACAUUUGACAGUGUUGUGCAGGCCACGGGGAAUUUCAAUGCUAGCAACUGUAUUGGGAAUGGAGGUUUUGGGUCAACUUAUAAAGCAGAGAUCUCCCCUGGAGUCUUGUUGGCUAUAAAGCGGCUUGCAAUCGGACGGUUGCAAGGCUUUCAACAGUUUGAUGCUGAAAUUAAAAUCCUUGGGAGGUUGCGCCACCCAAAUCUUGUCACUCUUAUUGGUUAUCAUGCCAGUGAAAUGGAAACAUUCCUUGUAUACAAUUAUUUUCCAGGUGGUAACUUAGAAAAGUUUAUUCAGGAGAGGUCCGCAAGAGCUAUGGAUUGGAGGAUACUUUACAAGAUUGCUCUGGACAUUGCCCGUGCUCUUGCCUACCUACAUGAUCAGUGCGUCCCACGGAUUCUCCAUCGUGAUGUUAAGCCCAGCAAUAUCCUCUUGGAUGAUGAGUACAAUGCUUAUUUAUCAGACUUUGGUUUGGCCAGACUUUUGGGCGCAUCUGAAACGCAUGCUACCACGGGUGUUGCUGGAACUUUCGGAUAUGUUGCUCCGGAAUAUGCAAUGACUUGCCGUGUUUCUGAUAAAGCUGAUGUUUACAGCUAUGGGGUGGUGCUCCUUGAGUUGCUCUCAGAUAAGAAAGCUUUGGAUCCAUCGUUUUCUCCUUACGGAAAUGGUUUCAACAUUGUUCAAUGGUCAUGCUUGCUCUUACGGCAAGGCCAGGCCAAGGAGUUCUUCACUGCAGGGUUGUGGGAUGCAGGGCCCCAGAAUGACUUGGUUGAAAUUCUACACUUGGCUGUUGUGUGUACUGUUGAUUCGCUCUCUACUAGACCUACAAUGAAGCAAGUUGUCCGACGGCUGAAGCAACUUCAACCACCAUCAUGUUACUUACAUGAUGAAGUUUCCCUUCAUUAACAUAAUGUUUCGAGGAGAGGUAAAGCUCUUUGUUAUUGUCUCCGGCUGCCCUUAGGUAGAGUUGUUAGCUGUAGUUAUUGCCACUUUGUAAAUUGCAACACAGGUUUUCCCCAAUUUUCUGAUGCUAUUUCAUCCAUGAGUCUGCAGAAGAAUGCAGAUGCGUGUGUAUAUAUAUAUUUAUUAUCCAAGCUGUACAGUUCUAUCCGAGUUUCAUUUGAUGUCUGAUAACACAAUAGAAUGAUUUUGCAAUUUACACGAUUCAGUGUCUUGUCUA